CGUGUGUGAGUUCUGGUGAGUGGGUUCUAGUAUGUGCAUAUCUAUGUUCUUGUGUGUGCGUGGGUGUGUUCUGGUGGGCAUGUGUGUUCUGGAAUGUGGCUUCUCUUGAAUGUGUGUGGGUGAGUGUGUGUUCCGAUGUGCGUGUUCUGUUGUGUGUGAGAUCUGGUGUGUGUGUGUGUGCGUGUUUUCUUGUGUGUAUGUCUGCAUGUGUUCUGUUGUGUUUGUGUAUGUGUUCUGGUGUGGGUGUGUGCUCUGGCGUGGAUGUCGGUGGGUGUGUGUUCUGCUUUGUGGGUGUGUGUUAUGCUGUGUGUGUUUUCUGCUGUGUAUGUGUAUGUGUGUGUUUUCUGGUGUGAGAACAUGCUUGCUAUUUAGUCAUUGAGGCGGAGUCCCCAUUCAGGAAGUGCUCUCUCUCUACCUCGUACGGUUCAAACUGAAAACCCAGUCAGUCAGUCAGUCAGUCAGUCAGUCCGUUAGUCCGCCAACACUGGGAGCCAGGAGCCAACAGUUUUACUGCCGAUCCCAGGACCUAAGAAGUGUUGUUGCUUCCUGCUAAUCCCGCUAAUGAGAAAGAGUGGCUUUGCAAGCUUCAGAUGGGGAAGAAACCAGCGAAAAGCAGCAGUCACCACGGUCGUCAAGAAGGUACCCAAUGGAUUUCUGGAAGAACAAGAAUUUGGAUACAGCAGUGAUACGGUAUACACCAUUCUCCCAUCAGAAGGACAGACGGUGGUGCUGCUAGCCAGCCCGCCCCCCCCGGCCGCCGUGUACCUCCCCAUCCCCGUUGAGCGGCUGGAGGACGAGUACCGGCUGCGCUCGGCCGACGACGGCAAGCUGUUCCGCGAGGAGUACAACUCGUUGCCAGGGAUCUCCACCCAGGGAACCUGUGAGGAGGCCAACAAGGAGACCAACAAGGAGAAGAACCGAUACCCCAACAUCCUUCCCUUCGACCACUCCAGAGUGUUGCUGACCCAGCAGGAAGGAGAUUCCUGUUCGGACUAUGUCAACGCCUCGUACAUUAAUGGCUACACAGAGGAGAACAAAUUCAUUGCUGCACAAGGACCCAAGGAGGACACUGUGGUGGACUUCUGGAGGAUGAUCUGGGAGCAGAAGGUGGCCACCGUGGUCAUGCUGACCAACCUGAAGGAGAGGAAGGAGGACAAGUGCUACCAGUACUGGCCUGACCAGGGCUGCUGGACCUACGGGAACGUCCGUGUGGCCGUGGAGGACUUCACCGUCCUGGUGGACUAUACCAUCCGCAAGUUCUGUGUGCAAUAUCAGGGUAAUGACAGCUCCAAGACCCCCCGGCUGGUCACCCAGCUGCACUUCACCAGCUGGCCCGACUUCGGGGUCCCCUUCUCCCCCAUCGGCAUGCUCAAGUUCCUGAAGAAGGUGAAGACGGUGAACCCCUCCUUCGCCGGCCCCAUCGCCGUCCACUGCAGUGCCGGAGUGGGCCGGACGGGGACCUUCAUCGUGAUCGACGCCAUGAUCGACAUGACGCACGCCGAACAGAAGGUCGACGUCUUCGGCUUCGUCACCAAGAUCCGGGAGCAGCGCUCCCAGCUGGUCCAGACCGACAUGCAGUACUCGUUCAUCUACCAGGCCCUGCUGGAGUACUUCCUGUACGGAGACACGGAGCUGGACGUGUCAUCCCUGGAGGGCCACCUGCUGAGGCUGCACAACACCCACGCCCCCCUGGACCGCGUGGGCCUGGAGGAGGAGUUCAGGAAACUGACCAACAUGCGGAUCAUGAAGGAGAACAUGAGAACAGGGAACCUUCCAGCCAACAUGAAGAAGAACCGGGUUCUGCAGAUCAUUCCCUACGACUUCAACCGCGUGAUUCUGUCGAUGCGCCGGGGCCAGGAGUUCACCGACUACAUCAACGCCUCCUUCAUCGACGGCUACCGGCAGAAGGACUACUUCAUCGCCACCCAGGGCCCGCUGGCCCACACAGUGCAGGACUUCUGGAGGAUGGCCUGGGAGUGGAAGUGUCACUCCAUCGUCAUGCUCACCGAGCUCCAGGAGAGGGAGCAGGACAAGUGUCUGAAGUACUGGCCCUCGGAGGAGUCGGUGACCUACGGCGACUACACGGUGGAGAUCAAGGCCGACACGCUGUGUGACGCCUUCAGCCUCAAGGACCUGGUACUCACCUACGGCCCGGAGAAGCAGACGCGGACCAUCAGACACUUCCACUUCCACGGCUGGCCCGAGAUCGGCAUCCCGGCCGACGGCAAGGGAAUGAUCGACAUCAUCGCCGCCGUGCAGCGGCAGCAGCAGCAGUCCGGGAAUAACCCCAUCGUGGUGCACUGCAGUGCCGGUGCUGGUAGGACAGGUACGUUCAUUGCGCUCAGCAACAUCCUGGAGCGGGUGAAGGCGGAGGGCCUGCUGGACGUCUUCCAGACGGUGAAGAGUUUGCGCAUGCAGAGGCCUCACAUGGUCCAGACGGUGGAACAGUACGACUUCUGCUACCGGGUGGUACAAGACUUUGUUGACAUCUUCUCAGACUAUGCCAAUUUUAAAUAAGACUUGCCUUAAACAUGCGUUUGUUUCGUCCUUUUAAUGUGGAUUUCUAAUGGCUAACCGUUCCCUAACUGUCAGAUGAUCUAUUUUGCUAUGCACUUGUUCCCCUGUGCCAUGAACUAAGCGCUCCGUCCUAUGUGUAACAUACCGCCUGGAUGAACGUUGUACAUGCUAAAGCCAUUAAUAUUGUUAUUAUUGUACAUUUCACAACUUAUAUAUUAAUUAUUGUUUUACCAGGAAAGUGGUGUGCCUGCGGCAUCUCCAUUUCAAACCGUGUUGUAUGAUAACUGUUGUAUUAUACAAUAUGUUGUAUGAUUAACUUCUUCAGUGCCAUGUUCGGUGGCGCACUGCUAUCGGAACAGACCUGUAGCUAUUGUAAAUGUAUUUAUAUUAUAUCGUGUUAUCAGUGUACCUUUCAUCAUUUCGCAUUUUGGAGCCUACUUGACAGGAACGCUUUUUUUUUUUUUUUUUAUUGACACUUUUAUUUAUAUAAAUGUAUAUUCUUACUUAUCGAUGAGCUACUUCUAAAGUUGGAGUGACGUCGACCGACGUGGUUUUGUUUUUUGGGUUUGUCUCUUUUUAUUUAUUUGUUUUUAAUCCAGUUCGAUGCCCAUGUUAAAUGUGACGCUCCACGCGGUUGAAAUGUUCGUGAUAUGACGUGUGUGUUGCGCCACCGCGACAUCCAGAAUCGACUUUUACUGACACGGUGAAACUCCACAAACAGAUUCAGGUAUGCGACCACUCAAGUCUUAAUAUAGAGUAUUAUGAUUAUAAGAGAAAAAGAGAGAUUUUGUACCUCAGCAAUCGGACCAUGCCUCACGCUCAUUGGAAUGCUGCUGCGUGCUUCAGUGUCUCCGGAGACCAUGGAAAGUAUUUUGCUAAGAUGACUGCACAUUUAAAAAGCACAUGUACCCAGCCUUUUGCCAACAACUUAGAAAAAUAAAGAUGUUUAUUGGUCGCUUCA